AUGUCUUUAACAAAGCUGAACUUCAUCACCGGCAACAAGAACAAGCUUUCCGAAGUGCGUGCCAUUCUUGGGAACGUCAUUGAAGUUGACAGCCAAGAGGUAGACGUCCCCGAGAUUCAAGGGACCAUCGAGGAGAUUGCCAAGGAGAAGGCUCGCCGCGCUUCUGAAGCAAUCAAUGGCCCAGCCUUGACAGAAGAUACAGCCUUGGAAUUCCAUGCCCUCAAGGGCCUGCCAGGACCAUACAUGUGA